GACGAGGGGAAAGCGCGUCCCGGGGAGAACGGGUAGCGGGUGCCUCUCGAAGGAAGGGGGCAAGAGUAAGGGAGGUUUCAUCCGAGUUGCGGAAGAUGGCGCAUUCCGUGGUCGAGCGGCCGCAUCGACGGCAGACGGUAAAGCACGGAGAAAUGGCGACAGACUGAGAGGCACUUCAGGGGCCACGGCCCGGCAACCAUAGCCGUUCUUCAGCCACGGGAGUCAUGACACACGCCCUGGCGGCGUGUGGUCGCCUAUGGUGCUGGUGCCCGGUGGUGCAUGCCGGAUGAGCCUGGUGAAGGUGGUGGUGCUGGGCGCGCCGGCGGUGGGCAAGACGUCCAUCAUCCACCAGUUCGUGUGGAGCGAGUUCAGCGAGACAUACGUGCCCACCGAGAGCCGACGCACUUACCACCCGUCGGUGGUGGUGAACGGACGUCUCUACGACUUGCAGGUGACGGACCUUCCCGUGGUGCCGUACUUCCCGGCCAACUCGUUCUACGAGUGGAGCGACUUCCGCUACUGCGGCCUGCGCAGCGCGUCCGCCUACGUCCUCGUGUUCGACCUGAACGCGCCGGAGACCUUCCAGUACGUGAAGAACAUGCGCGAGCAGAUCUUCGAGUCGCGCAACAUGCAGGGCGUGCCCGUCUUCGUGGUCGGCAACAAGCACGACCUGGGCGAGCCCCGCGAGCACCGCGAGGUCGCCGGCCUCGUCAAGAAGCACUGGCGGUGCGGCUACGUCGAGUGCUCGGCCAAGUACAACUGGCACGUGGGUCUGCUCUUCCGAGAGAUCGUGAGAGCCCUGGACGACGGGGGAGGACUCGGUGCGCGUGGAGCCGGCGACCAGGGUCGAAGGGACCGCUGUCGCAUCCUAUGACGCCGGCGGUCGGCGUCGGUGUGAACGAGGAGGCACUGCCUGCAUGCCACAAAGAGCCUUCGCUGCGAUCGAUGACUGGAACUCGGAGACACGGAUCAGUUUUCUUUCCGUAAAGUCGUAGUCAAGACGGCGAAGUGUUCCUGAAUUUCUGUCGCAGAUGAAGCAUCAGUGACUAAUAUAACUAGGAGGUAUAGCGAGCACGAACAAGUGUCUGAUCUUCCUGUUUAUGAGUGGAGAAAGAAAGGAAGCACCUUGAAGGGAGAAUUUUCAGCAUUACGUGUGCCCUGCCUUGGUGGGCUGGACUACCUUCUUUGCGAAGAUGCGACGUCAUCGCGGGCACGUCCCUCCUAUCAGCCAUAACAAAGAGCACUACAGGCACUACUCUGCUCCUGUCAACGUGCUCAGCAGGAAGUGCUGUGAUGUCGAAUUCCUGCACACAGGCAGUCGGUGUACGUGAACACGAUGCUUGUGGACGCAGGCUGGUGCAAGCGUGGUUCGACACUCCAUCCAGCAUUUCAGGUCAGAAAGCCGCGUUAUAUUGAAGCGUGGCUGGCAUCUCGAUGGAAACGAUGAGGGUUUGUAAGUUUUGGUCUCUACAUUACGGUGUUGACGUCAUUAAGACUACACCACCAGUCGGUUUUUACCAUUCCUGUCUCCCUUUUGUGUGCAAUAAUUGAUGUGUCUACUCAUUAUCGCUGUGCAGUAAGGCACUUCACGUUAC